CCGUUUGUUAUUCGCGAUGUUUCGGUAUUUUCCCGUACAUUCAUAUUAUCCCAGUUUUCAGUAGUUAUUUCCUACAUUUUACGUUAAACAAGUAACAAAAUGCGAGAGACCAUUCCAAUAAACCACCAAAUCACGUCUGAUAGUAGGCAACCAUUUAUGGCUGCACAAAUCUGCGAAAUAUCACCCGCAUUGCUUGUGGGUGAGUUGAAAAGUGAAGCAAGUUUUUCCCCCGGUGUUCCGGUUAUUUGCCGAUUGUCCGACAGUAAGCUGUUUCUGUGCCGAUUGUUUGCACCAUCAAGACAUUUAAAAGCGAGUACAAUUUGCUAUGUAGAUGAAACGGUUCAGUUGAUCGAGGAUGCUAUUGAAAAGGAGGCGAUCGAAGGGGACGUUCCUCGGGUUAAGGAACUGGAAGUGAUCAGAGAAGAAUCGUGUUACUUCGAAGAGGUCAAUGUUGAACUAAUGGUAGACUGUUCGAAAUUGGAUUUGGAAUUGCUGCGUGAUCGAGACAGUUUAUCGUCGCUUGUAAAGGAUCUUAUGCGCUCGCUUUUUGUGUGCAAACGUUGUUUGGUUAAAACGGACGAUAGCUUCAAUUGUGGAAUCGUAGGAAUUCGAAUACAUGAAACCGUUGGGAAGCACAGUUUUGGUUUCACCGAUACUGACACUACAAUAGUAAUAGGUGAAAUUUGCUUCAAUACUGUUCGGAGUAAAACGUUAGGGGGUUUAUCGGAUGUGAAGCAAUGCCUAGUGAAAGCCUUGGAACGAGCUUCAGAUAAUCUGCUACUGGCUGGUCCACCUGGUUCGGGAAAGUAUUCGCUCGUCGCCGAACUGGCUCGUGAAAGGAACUAUCCAGUUUUCGAAAUACGCGGAUUAGAUUUCAUAAAAUCUCACCCAGGGGAAACGGAACUGGAGUUGCGGACGAUAUUCGAACGGUUGGAAAAAUUCAACAAAUUGUUUCUACGAUCGAGUGUAACAAUUCUUUUGGUGAAGGACGUAGAUACCCUCUGCCCCAAAUUGAAUAAUAGGAAGGGUGAGGACGUGUCGAAUAUCUCCAGGAUAGCGUCCCAAUUUACAACCUUACUGGAUCGUUAUCACGGCGUCGAGAGUGGAAUUCUUGUGAUUGGAACCACCUCCAAUAUCGAAAGCCUUGACUCAAAAGUUCGACGACCUGGGAGACUGGGAACGGAGAUAUUCGUUCGGAUGCCUUCCGAGCUCCAGAGGGGUGAAAUCAUGGCGGCUAUGCUGAGAAGGACGAGUUUAGUGUUGGAACAGUCGGUACUAGACGACAUUAUUAGAAGGACUCCGGGUUACGUUGGAGCAGAUUUGGAGCUUCUUGUCUAUACGAUUCAUAGGACCUUGAGGAGACAUUCUGCUCAGGACGUCUCGUCAACAGUAGAAGAAUGCCUGAUCAAAAUUCGUCCUACAUCGCUUCGGAACUCGAUCGGUCUCAUCAGUGGGUUGAAUCAAACGCUUGAUUUAAUAGGAGGAAUGGAUGAGCUGAAAAAGACUCUUCGGGUAUCAGUUCUGGGACCGCUUCGGCACCCAGAAGCCUUCCGACGAUUCGGCAUGAGUCCUCUGAAAGGAAUCCUACUCUACGGGCCACCAGGUUGUGCCAAGACAACGAUCGCCAAAUGUCUUGCAGCAGAAUCCCGAAUGACCUUCGUGUCAGUGUCGGCUGCGGAAGUGUACUCGCCCUACGUGGGAGAUUCGGAGAAGUUGAUAGCCAGAUUAUUCAACCAAGCUCGGCUGAGUGCUCCGGCGGUAAUUUUUCUCGACGAAAUCGAUUCUCUCGUAGGCAAUAGAGGAAUGCAAGGCGUUCGGACGAACGACGUUCACAUUCGAGUGUUGUCCACUCUACUGACGGAGAUGGACGGAAUCGGAACGAGCGUCCAGUCUGUGAUUGGCAGUAGUGAUGAUUCGAAGAAUAUUCUGGUCAUUGCUGCCACAAACCGUCCGGAUAUGAUCGACGAUGCGCUGCUACGACCGGGACGGUUGACGAAGUUGAUCCACGUUCCAGCACCGGACAAGACAGCGAGGUUUGAAAUUUUGAAGAAAAUAUCGGAAAAAGUUCCGUUUGCCCAUGACGUCGAUUUGAGUGAGUUGGCCAAACAGACCCAGCGCUACUCAGGGGCUGAUUUGCAAAAUCUUUGCUCUCAGGCCGCCUUGCAUGCUGCUACCUUGGACGAAGAUGUAAUAGAAGUCAACAUGGCUCACUUCCUGCAUAUCCUUAAGGAAAAUAGACCCUCCUUGACCAGGAAGCAAAUCGAGUGGUACACUGAAUACGAAUUAAAGCGCAGAAUAGUAUGAAAUUCCGAAACUGA